AUGGGAAUGCCAAUAAAGUUAAAGCCUUCUUCUGUGAUAUUUGUUUUCUAAUCAAGCAAGGCAGAUUAAAACCAGCUGAUAUAUAGACUGUUGUUUGCAUCAUAUGCCAGAAGAAUUCAGACAAGAGUUAUUUAAAACAGGCUCUAAACUUCUUAUCUUAAGGCUAAUCUUGGAUACAUAUUUAAUGUGCUAAGUAUCACCCAGAAAUAAGCCUUGUCACAUCAUCAGCAGACCAUUGAUGGAGAUUUUAAGCAACUGCAUUAAAUGAUGAAAAAAUACUUGGGGAAUGUGACUUUUGCAAUAUUGAUGCCGAUUCGAUUCCAUUGCUUUCUUAGUUGUGCGUAAGCUAAAGUUGAGUCUAGUAAAAAAAAACAAAUGGUGAAUUAUUAAAUCGAUGGGCUUGAUAAAAUUGGAUAUGGAUGCAGCGCUCAUCAAGUAUCAGUGGAUUAAACUCCUAACUAGUUAAAGCAACUGAUCUUUGGGGAUAAUGCUAAAAUAACAAUAUAACCUAAUAUUAAGGUCAAAUCAUCUUUAUUAAAGCAAAGUGAAGGUAACGAGGCUUAUUAAUCUCCCAAAACAUUAAAGAAUAUCUCAAAAUCUACUACUCAUGAUUCUAUGACCGAGGAAACGAAGAGUGAAUCUAAUAUAAGUGGUAAGACUUAUAGCUUAUAAGAUGAAAAUACUUCAUUAAAUCAAGAAGCAGUUAAACAGCCAAAAAAACAGAAAAAGUGCCAUAACUGUGGAGAGGAUGCAGAAGAAAAUUCACUUAAAAAUUGCAAAACUUGCCUUAAUACCUAUCAUCUUCCUUGCUAUUUUAAAAUAGUUAAUAAAAAAGACACUAGUUCUGAGAAGUUUUAGUGUGAAAAGUGUCAAUGUUUGAUCUAGCUAAAUAUGGAUCCUUUAACUGAGGCUUGCCAGCUCUGCCCCUAGCUAAAGGGCGCAUUUAUAUCAUUUAAUGAUGAUUAAUCUAAAUGGAAACUAUUGGCAUGUCCAACUCAUUCAAACAUUAAGGAUUUUAUCCCAGCUAGAGAGGCUGCUACUAAUAUCAUCUCUCAAACAUAAAAAAUUUAGACUUAAACUACCUAUCACAAUAAAAUUGAAGAAAGUGUCAAAUUAAGUGAGUCACUUCUAUAGAAAAGGAAAAGACCAAUUAAAGCCAACUUUUCGCAAAGAACAAUAGAACUCCCAAAACGUUAAGUGAAGCAGAAAUUUAAGAAAGAUAAUUAAUUCUUGCAUUACGAAUCAAAGGUUCAAAUAGAAUCUAAUAAUGAUGAUGAUGAACUGAUUAAUAAUUAAUAGAUCCAGAAUAAGAACUAACUUUAAGAUGAAGGCAUUAUGGAUUGGGAUUUUUAUGAAGAGUACUUUAAGCUUUUGAAAUCAAGUGAUCUAAGAAAGCUAUAAGACUAUCAAUUUGAUAUUGUUGAUUUAGAAGAAUUGAAAGAGUUUAUCAUUAAUUAAAGGGAUAAGAGUAAAAAGAAAGCACAAUAAGCAACCCAAUAAUAAUUUGGUAAAGAAUCAUUUAGUCUUAUUUUAGAACAUCAAAAUUAAAUAUCUCAUUUGACUUUUGAAGCAACAGAUAGCUGUACUAAUGGUUUAAAAAGAAGAAAAAGAGACACUAAGAUUACUCCUUGCUAAUAGAAUCAAGGGAGCAUCAUAGUGAACAAUAUAUUAAGAGAUCAUCUGAAGCUCUCCAACAUAAAGGCUUAAAAUGUAACUGUUUCCAAAUCUGAAGUCAAUCAAGCAUACAGGUCAUAUUAGUUAAGUUCAUUCACAGCAAUUUCAAAGACAGAUUUGAUUGAAGACGAUGUUAUCAAUGAAUCAUUAAUUAAAACUCAUAUUGACUAAACUUUCGGACUCAACAUUUACUAAUCCUAUGAUGAGAUUGACACUUGGCUUUUACUUUUAGCUCAUUAACAAAACUAAUUAGUUAGACAAACAAGAUAAUAAUUUGAUUGCCUUUUGUAUAAGCUGAUCAAUCAUAAAGUCAUUGUGGACCCUCAGUUAAAAUUAGCUGUAAAAGCUGAAAAAUUUGAAUUAUAUGAUCAUUUUCAUGAGAGAAUGACUUGGCAACUAGUGAGAAGAAGUCUAUUACAUUCUUACAAUUGCAUAAAUCCUAGUGAUGAGAGUAAUAAUAUGAAAGAAGUCAAGUUCUGUUGUAAGGCUUGCUUCUAUUCAGAUCUUGUUGAUGCUAAUCCUAUAGUUAUUUGCGAGAUUUGUGAAUUGGGAGUGCAUGCGAAGUGUUAUGGAAUUCAAGACCUCAUUGAGUAAUUUUUUUGUGAUAAAUGCAAACAUCAAAGAGCUGAUGAGAAGAAUCUAAGACUCUCAGUAUACAAGGAAUAGAUGAUAAGGUCUAUUAUCAAAGAUACAGUUGGUUCCAAGAUUAAAGAUAGAGCUAUUCUUAAUGGAGAAAUAAUGAGGAAAUCUGCCUUGAGUAUAUAUUAUGAAAACUUGACUUGUAUAUUUUGUGAAAAGAAAGGAGGAUUAAUGAAAAAGGUAGAUUUGUCAUGCGAUUAAAUUCCCAAUUUUUAUUUGCAUGAGGGAGAAUCAUAUUAUCAUGCCUUUUGUGGUAUGGCUGUAGGAAAGUAUAGAAAUAUUAUUGAGCUUUAAUAGUUCAAGCUAAAAAGUAAAUAUUAGCAUGAAACUUAAACCUAGCCAUGUGUUUAUUGCAAUAUUGAGAAAGGAGUAACUGUUUCUUGUAGCUCAUGUCAUGACCAUAAAAAUGAUAAUUCUGAUUAUUUCCACCAUAUCUGCUCUUGGCUUAAUGGUCACACAUUUGAUUUGUAUUAAGACAAGCUAAGAGGUAUGCAAUUUUAAAAGCACUUCAAUUAAAAUCUUGAUACUGAAUCAAUCAAAAGAACUAGAUUUGACUAUCUGCCUUUAGACGAUGUUAACUUUGCAGAUGAUCCUAUUAUUGCCAUAAAACCUCUUAAUCAAGAUGAAUUUGCUGAUAUGCAGAUCAUUGAUGAAGAUUAUUCUGAUUAUGAAUGCUCAAGUGAAUCAACUAAGAAAUAAAGGAGUAAUGUUAAUAAGGAAUUCAAUGUUGUUGAUGAUUUGAGUAUCUCCUCUGAUAUGGAAGACCUACCUGAUAAAGAUGAUUAUGACAAAAAUAAUUCUUAAAGUUUGUUCUCUAUUGCCAGAAAUUACUCGAAAUACAAAGUGAGAUAUUAUGAUGCAUAUCCAGCCAGCACAAAAAUUUAUUGUGCUAAAUGUAGGCCGCUUAAUAAAGAAAUAGCUUUUAUUCGAUAAGCUAAAUUUGAUAGUGUUCAGGGUUUGCCAAAUCAAGCACCCUGA